AUGAAGAUCUCUGGAAGUAGCACUGCUGCACUUGCUCUCGCGGGCACGAAGGUAGCAUCCGCUCAAAACCUUUCUUAUGGAGCCGACAACUUCUACCGCAGCGACAUUGUGACGGUGCAGCCAAUCACCUUCCCAUCUCAGAACCAGUUCACCGUUGCGGGAAACCUCUUCAUCCGCAACAACGCCAGCCGCUCACUCACCGCCCCAGCCAUCAUCGUCGGCCAUCCCAUGGGCGCAACCAAGGAGCAGAGCGCCAACCUCUACGCCACAAAGCUCGCUGAGCAAGGCUUCGUCACCGUUUCCAUCGACAUCCCCUUCUGGGGCGGCAGCGAUGGCGAGCCACGCAACGCCGUUUAUCCUGAUCUCUACUCAGAGGCCUUCAGCGCAGCAGUCGAUUACCUCGGUCUCCAGGACUUUGUUGACCGUGAACGUAUCGGUGGUCUAGGCAUCUGCGGUAGCGGUAGCUUUGCCAUCGCGACCUCCAGCAUGUACGACAUGGGAUCUGCCGCCCGUAACGGUCUGCGCCACGGAGUGAGCCUUGAGCAGCGCAAGGAACUCAUUGCUAGCGCGGCCGCCCAGCGUUGGGUUGAGGCGGCUGGUGGCGAAACUGUAUACGUUGGCGGAACCCCCCACGUGCUGACCAACGCGUCGACGGCGGUUGAUCGUGAGUUCUACGACUUUUAUCGCACCCAGCGCGGCGAGUUUACUCCGGAGAACACGACGGCGAACCUCACUACGCACCCUACUCUCUCCAGCAACACCAAGUUCAUGAACUUUUACCCAUUCAACGACAUCGAGACGAUUUCGCCGCGCCCGUUGUUGUUUGUCUCAGGCGACCAGGCCCACUCCCGCGAGUUUAGCGAGGAUGCCUACGCACGUGCUGCUGAGCCGAAGGAGCUGGUUUGGGUUCCUGGUGCGGGACAUGUUGAUCUCUACGAUCGUGUGGAGCUUAUCCCCUUCGAUAAGCUCACUCAGUUCUUCCAGAAGAACCUGGCUGCCAAUGCAACGAGCUUGAGGGCGCAGUAG